AUGGCGCAAGGUCACGACACUCAUCCUUGCGGUUCAUUCUUAGUGGAGGCGCUGAUCGCUCGUCUCCUGCCAACAAACGACGACGUCACCGAUUCCAACUAUAUUUUCAGUCUUUUAUUAAAUUUACGAACUGUAAUGUCACCAGAAGAACUUAUGCAAAAAAUUGUGCAGCAAUGUAUGUUUGCUCAAAACGCAAACGCUGUCAAUUUCUGCCGGGAAGGACGAGAUCGUAUGUUUUCGCAUUUGUUACGACUUUGUCGUGAAUGGUGCGCCAGUAUUCCGCAUGAUUUUCGAAGUGAACAUAUGCGUAGCAGAUUGAGUGAAUUGCUAGGGAUGUGCUCUGUUGAUCGAACGUUCAAGCAAAAAGUCAGCGACUUGCAAACCAAUCUUCGCUGCACCUUAAGCAAAUUGGAUCGAUACAACAAGGCCGUAAGGAAUCUGCAGAAGACGCUUUCCGAGAGCGCACAACGUCCUAUCCAGUCUGAUAUUAUGAGCGGUCUGAUUACGGUAUGUACGGAUCCGAAACUCGUCGCUCAACAACUCACUCAUAUUGAAAUGGAAAGAUUCAGUAUGGUGGGUGUUGACGAGAUCCUCUUGGCACUGGCGAACAGCGACAUUAACUGUCCCGGAAAUUCUAUUUCGUUCUAUGUAGAAUGGUUCAACCGGCUAUCGUCGUUUGCCGCCACUGAGGUUCUGCGACAGCUGAGAAAGAAGCAUCGAGUUGAGGUUAUCGAAUAUUUGAUCGAUGUGGCGAAGGAAUGCUGUGAAAUCGGCAACUUCAACAGCUUGAUGGCCAUUGUAGCUGGGCUAUCGUUGCCAGCAAUCAUCCGACUGAAAAAAACGUGGUCAAGAGUUGAAAAAUCAAAGUUGGAAAUUUUGCAACAUCAGCUGGAUCCGAGUGGUAAUUUUCUUUCGUACAGAGCCACAAUGAAAGCUGCACAAUGGAGAGCUGAGACGGUUGGAAGUAACCAGAAGAUUGUCAUACCAUUUUUCGUUCUUCUGCUGAAAGAUCUUUUCUUAUUGUAUCACAGUAACGUUCGUACCCUGCCUAAUGGACAUUUGAAUUAUGUCGCCUUCUCACAGAUAUCCGAACAGUUGCGAUUGGUAGUGCAAUGGAAAUCAACGUUUUCUAUAUUUCCGAAAAACGCAGCCGUUCUACAGUACCUGCUAAUUUCGGAUGCAUUAUCGAUUCAACAGCACCGUAAAGGUGCUAGUAAAGGUGGAUGA